AUGAAGAUCUCAGUAGCAGCCUUCAUGUUUCUUUUUCUUGUGGCCUCCAUCUCUCUGCCUGUAACUGAUGCGUUGGGCUUUGAGUCAACUAUCUGCUGCCUAAGUUACACCAAGAGAAAAAUUUCGAAGCAUCGUGUGAAAAGUUUUUUCUCCACCACUGGGACAUGCCACCUGCCAUCUCUAGUGUUUAUCCUAAGGAAUGAUAUGCCAGUCUGUGUUAAUCCAGGAGAAGAAUGGGUCAUGGAUAUUGUAAGAUCUUUCAAAGAAGAACGAAGAAGAUCUUAA